CUAGCAGUUGUUCCCUCAAAUCAGUACUGUGCGUGACGGACGACAGGCCUGACACAAAAAUUUCCCCGGAUCGGUCGGUCAGGUUCCUUUUGUAUACCAUUGCGGGUUGUUGUUGGUGCUCAGUGCGGUGAGCUUUGUGCAUAUUUUUUGCGUGAGUGCUCGCGAAUUUUUUUGUGCACUUUUCACAUUCACCGGUGAAGCGAGAUCGAUUUGAGCCGAACGAAAGGUGCCCCAAUCGAGAGGACAGCCGCGCGCGGUCAGCUGUUCCGGUUCGUGAAGCGAAGGGGUUUUUGAGGCGGAAUCGAUUGUUGGAGUAUUGGCGGUUGUUGUUGGAGUUUUGUUGUAUUUUCGGAAACAUAACAGGAAGACCUGGAUUUGUGUUGUGGGGUUUUGGUACAAGUCAGUUUUGUGUGAUUUUUUGUGAGCAGGCAUCGAGAAUGCACACGUGUGAGCAAUAGAACGGAUGUAGAGUUGGUGAUGUUCCGGUGCUUCGGGCACGAAUUGGAAACAAGAGUGAGCCUGUCUUCGAGUUAUUAAUAGAAUUAUUGAUGAUACACAGUUAAUAAUUUAAUUGGUGGAGAAGUGCGUGCGAUCGUGCAGGCGAACACGACGAAGAAGAAACGUGGAAAGGGAAUUGGUGAAGAGCACACUUCGGUGCACGCAGUGCAGCACUCGAUCGAGUUGUAGUUGCUCAAAGCGGGAUCCUCAGUGGAGAGAGAAAGUGAAAAGGAAACAAUAAUUAGGUGCACACGCAAAACGGGCUCAACAUAAUAAGCUUACUUGGUUUUACACGAUACCGAAUCGAAGCUGAAAGAAGAAGUAGCGAAAGAAGAGAUCGGCAAGUGGCAGCAAAUGUCCAAGAGUAUCAACGAAGAACGAGUGCGAAUGGCCAAUGUGUGAUGAUAUUUUCAAAGUGAAUGAAAAAUUGGAGGCAAUUUGUGCGAACGCCGCCACACGUGAAGUGAGAACGAUUUAAUUGUCAAAAUAGAAAUUAGGCGGAUGAAAUUCCGCUAAUUGGAGGAUAUUUCAAGCGCGAUCCGCUGCAGACAGGGACGGGAGUUGAACGUGAGCUGCCUGCUUGCUGGGGAAGUUACUUACGGCAGUGAUUGGUGCGUGACGGUGCUGACUUGCGUUCGCUGAGGUUGUCAUCAAGAGUAGUUUUUUCUUCUCAUUCGUCGCUCAUCAAGUUUCUCGGUGUGAAUCACACACGGCGCGUUUGAUUCAAGCCGACCGAAUCGCGACGAACAACGACGACGUAGACUCGAAAAUUGAAUCAACCUAAACGCCAUCCAAGAGGUGCACUUCGCUAGUCAGCUUAACUAUGAAUUGAGUACUGUCUUCUUCGCUGUAAACCGCUAGACAAACAUCGACCACACGCCUGUCGGCUUCCCAUAACAAAACCGACGACAACGACACUGAUAGUGAUCUCCCUUUUUGUAAGUGUAAAGUGCAAACAGUUUUCAACCCGCGGAACCGGAAACGGAAAAGACUGGUGUGCCGGUGACCAUGCGGAACAGUCAAAGAAUGACGUCAGCAUUUUCGUUGGUGAUGGUGGUUGCGUUGCUGCUGGCAGCUUCGAUCCAGUUGACAAACGCUCAAUACCGAUCGCCUCGAAUCACGGAACAUCCCAGCGACGUCACCGUCCCCAAAGGAGACCCCGUAACGUUAAACUGCCAAGCCGAAGGCAAGCCCCAACCGGUCGUCCAGUGGUUCAAAGACGGUGACCCGGUCAAGCUUGACUCGAACCACGUACUUCUGCCGGCGGGGUCGCUGUUCUUCCUACGAACUCUCCACAGCAAGAAGGAGCAAGACGACGGCGUCUAUUGGUGCGUGGCUAGCAACAAAGCCGGAACGGUUCACAGCCGAAAUGCCACCCUACAGGUGGCCGUGCUUCGUGACGAUUUCCGAGUGGAGCCGAAGAAUACUCGAGUAGCGGCUGGGGAAACGGCUCUGCUGGAAUGUGGCGCCCCACGAGGCAACCCGGAGCCUAGUAUAAGUUGGAAGAAGGAUGACAUCCUGCUGGAUCUGGAUGACUACCGGGUUAGUAAGGAUCUUGCUCGCAUCCGGAUCGUUGAUAGUGGGAACCUGCUGAUCAGCGACGUUCGGCCAGGGGACGCCGGCCGGUAUCAGUGCGUGGCGCAGAAUAUGGUUGGCUCGCGAGAAAGCACCUAUGCCAAGCUCGCCGUACAAGUAAAACCAUACUUCAUCGCCAAACCGAGUGACGUCACAGUUCUGGAGGGGAACCGGGUCCAGUUCCAGUGUGCCGUGGGUGGAGAUCCGUUUCCGCAGGUGCUGUGGAGCAAAGAGAACGGUCACAUUCCGGUUGGAAGAGCGGAAAUACUGGAGGAAGAUCGAAGUUUGAUCAUCAGAAAUGCAACACCCGACGACCGGGGACAAUAUAUUUGCGAGGCACACAACAGUGUCGGACAGAUCAGUGGCCGAGCAAAUUUGGCUGUUAACACUCCACCAAGCUUCACCGUUCGGCCCCAGGAUCAACGGGUGGUUCCGAAUGGGGUGGCCACCUUCCGUUGCGAUGCCAGUGGGAAUCCUCCCCCAUCGGUAUUCUGGACCAAGGAGGGCUCGCAGACAUUGAUGUUCCCGAACAACACCUACGGGAGUUUGCAGAUAUCCGGACAGGGGGCGCUCCAAAUCCGGGGAAUCCAGCGGGAGGACGAAGGAUAUUACGUAUGCUCGGCCCUAAGUGUGGCGGGAUCUGUCACGAGCCGGGUGUAUUUGCAGGUCACAUCAUCGCUCGAUUCCAUCACACCUCCCGUGCUCCAGCUGGUCCCAACGAAUCAAUCACUUCCAACUGGAUCCAGCACAAUCCUUCCGUGCCACUUUCCGCCUACCUCCACGAAUGGCCAGAGCAAUUCCGUGGACGAUGGCCGCAUAACCUGGGAACGAAACGGUUUCGAGCUAUCUCCAGCAUCCUCGACGCGAAUCAACCAACUCCCUACCGGUUCUCUCAAGAUUGACGAUCUGCAAGUGCAGGACAGUGGCUGGUAUCGGUGCGUAGCUCGAGUCGGAAGCACGGUAGCAUCGUCCGCCUGGAGUGCAUACUUGACGGUCGAAGAUAACCUCCCCACCUCCCAGCAACGAGUCUUCAACGGCGACCUUCUCCCCUCUGCUCCCGGUUCGCCCAAAGCCCUCAACAUUACCAACAGCAACGUGACCCUAGCGUGGCCAAUCCGAAGCACAAACGCACCAUCUCCGGACAAGUCCCGUUCCUCCUCCCUCACCUACACACUCGAACAGUUCUGCCUGGACGAUACUAGCAGCAACAGUCUUCCGACGACACCUUCGCAACCGGACGGCGGAUGGGAGAUAGCACUUCGGCACCUAGCUGGCAACACUGCCACCGUUACUGGGUUGCGUCCGGACACGUCCUACCUCUUCGUAGUUCGAGCGGAAAAUGCGUACGGCUGCUCGGUGCCGUCUGCUGUUUCGGUUCCGAUUCGCACGCUGUCCUCGGACGAUCGGGUCACCGUGCCAGCCGAGAUGGAAAGCGCCCGGAACGUUCUCAGCGGGAAGAUUUUGGAGCUGAUUGACAUCAUACCGUUAUCGUCGACAUCGGUUCGCCUGGAGUGGCUGCUGCACGUGAACAGUUCCGAGCAGUUCGUCGAGGGAUUCUACGUGCGUUACCGAGAGCUGGAUUCUCCCACUCAGCGCUACUCGAUGCUGUCGAUCCCGAACAACGAAAUCGAACAGCACAUCAUCACCAACUUGGCAAAGUUUACCAAGUACGAGUUCUUCCUUACGCCGUUUUUCAAGAACCUGGAAGGUCAACCGAGCAACGCCCGGAUCGUACAAACCAUGGAGGACUUACCUUCGAUUGCACCGGGCAACAUCCAAACCGGAAUGUUGAAUCUCACAGCCGGCUGGGUACGCUGGAGUCCGCCACCGAAGGAUCAACUCAAUGGAGUUCUGCAGGGGUACAAGAUCCAGGUCAAGGUUGGGAACGUCUCCAAACUGCUGGCGCAGAUGACGCUGAAUGCAACCACAACUUCAGUUAUGCUCAACAACCUGACCACGGGAUCGAGCUAUAGCAUUCGAGUUGGUGCGUUCAACAGGGUCGGACUAGGACCUUACUCUAAACCAGUACAUCUAACGAUGGACCCCUCGUUCGUGAUCGUGCCGCAAGGAGUCCACAAUAGCUACAACGACUACGAAGACUUCCGUCACCACAACUUCCUUCACGAGACGUGGUUUAUGAUCUUCGUUGUGUUAUCCCUAUUCGUCAUACUGCUGUUCACGAUCGUUGGCGGGGUGAUUUUCUUCAAGCGGCGUCAAGGGCUCGGUAAACCGGUUGUGACGGUCCCGAUCGGAGCCAGACGAGACUUGCCAAAUUUGAGCGUGUCGAGAAAAGAUAACGGUAUAUGGAUUGAUCGUGGCUGGAGGACCUGCGAUACAGAUAAGGAUUCCGGACUGAGCUCGAUCAAGCUGCUGGAAGGAAACCAAAUCUAUCCGAACCAAGCGAUGUCCGACGGAGGAACAGACUAUGCGGAGGUCGACCCGAGAGGUGUCACUUCGUUCUACAAUUGUAGGAAGUCCCCGGAAAGUCCAACGCCGUACGCUACAACCAUGAUCAUUAAUGGGAUUCCCCACAGCGAGAAUGGCGAUUUGAGCUAUCAAGGCCAUGACACUUUUUCGUCUACGUCUUCCAGUUUCCGAUCAUUCUACGGGUAUCCAAGGCCGCUCAACAGCAAUCAAGUCCCACCGAACUGGGUCGACUACCUUCCGCCACCACCGGAGCAUCCUCCACCGGCUCCGCAACCGCUUGAUAUCAACCAGCUGAACCACGUGUACCCCUCGGAGCUGGUUGGAACCAUUUCUAGCUCGCAAGCCAGUUCCUACUGUUCGCGACGUACCAGUGGGUACAAGUGAGACCUGGCCCCACAUCGCACCCACAGCCACUACCUGAUCAGUCCAACGGAUGCCUUCCCGCCGAGCCAUUUCUUCUACUAGCGAUCGCCACUGAAGGUCGCGGAAGGCACCCGGCAGUGACCAGAUGUUAACAACUUAAGCUUUUGCGGAUUUCGAACUCGAACUGAAUACCGUACAAAUCAAGAAAGAAACAUGCACAAAACUGGAGACUGACAACCACAUCGAAGUCCCUCACCUCCGGAGAUGCUCCGCAAAAGCAAAGUUAACAUCGUAUUCAAAUGCGGGCUGGAAGCGAUUGAGCCCUUGCGGUUGCCAGCUGGCACAUUCUCCGAAUUGAGCAUUCCCGCCCCCCAAAAUGGGAACGAUUCUUGCGAUGAAGCGUGCCGUUGGAUGAGUUUACCGACAUCAAGUCGGGGAAAUCUUCGCCACCGAAAUAAGGUGCCAUCGCUGACAUUAGGAAAUAAGUAAGAGACAUAACACUCAUCCAUUCAAACUAUUUACAAAACGAGCUUCAAAAGCACUGACUAGAUUACAAAACUUGCAAACCAAAAACGAACGAAAACUCGACUAUAGACAACUAGAGAUGCAGUAGUGAAUAUAUUUAUUUUGUGCUAGCUUCGAUAACACUGAUGAAACAGAUGCCAAUAAAAAGAUCUCAAAAUGCAAACUUA